AGUGGACUAAAUAUAUAUAAUACCUUACCUCGUUUCAAUUAACCGGCCUCAUUUUUACUUAUCACCUCCACCGUUUGUGUGUUUUCCUCUUUCUUUGUUUGCCUAUUCGCGAAGGACGGCUCACGUACGUGUGUGUCGCCGUCUUCCUAUCUGCAUCCCCCCCCGCUUUUUCGCUGCACAGCUACCUCUAUUCCUUCCUCUCGUGAACAGCGCGGAUCGCUCCAUUAACUCCGGGGCACCAUUUGACUUGCCUGCUCUUUUCUUCGGUGUCCUCUCUCUCUCUUUUUAUUCUUAUAACUACGCUUGGAAAACUUUUGUGGCUAAUGUCUCCCUCUCUCGACAGUAUUCGCAGCCGUCAGACGAACACGCUGCUGGAGCUGCGGCCCAUCGUGCAGGACCUUGAAGAGGCCAUACGCGACGCCCUCAUCUCGUGGAAGCAGUUCGCGAAGGCCCUAGAGAACGUUGCGCAGCUCUACGAUCAGUACGCCUCCUUCAUUCCCACGGCGGGGAAUGCGGGCGAGGUCGGCCUCGACGCCUCGCUUGGGGUCACCGCCGAGAUCGUGAAGGCCUGCAAGACGCUAAAGCAGACAACGAACCUGUGGAGUCAGUCCGACGAGGUGGUCGACCUGCGCGCUCAGCUGUACGCGGAGUGGUGUGUGUGGCGGCGGACGGAGCGGCGGCUGGCGAAGGUGGUCGACGUGGCCGUGGAGCGGCGGCAGCAGACGCAGAAGCUGCGCGAUAUGCAAAAGAGCGUCGAGGCGCUGGCGCGGAAGAAGAGCACGCCGGAGGUCGACCGCGCCGUGAAGUCGCUGCAGUGCGAGAUGAAGACCGCGGAGGACUCUGUGAAGAGCAAGGACGUCGCCAUCGCCAGCGACUUCAAAGCCGUGCUGAAGAAGUCGCUCCUGCGGGAGGGUGGCGGCGCGGCCAAGACCGGCUAUGCCUUGCGCAACGCGGGGCGAGGCCUGAUGAAGGCAUUUGAGGGCUUUAGCAAUAUGGCGGCGGUGUCGGCGGCGACGCCCGCCAUUUCCCGCACGCCGGUGAUGGGCGUUCCGCUCGAGAUCGACUUCCGUGCCAGCCAGCGCGCGCAGCCCGCUACACCGGCCAGCACGGAGGCGGAGUACGGCCAUGGGUUCCCUUACGCAUUGUCGGAAAGUCCUCUAAAUGUGAUCUCGUUCGGAGCACGACGCAUUUCUAUCGCAGCUUAG